GGAAGUGAAGGCGAAGAACGAGCAGAAGAAGCCGGAGCUGGAGCUGGAGCUGGGGGGGGUCGGGGACAGCAGGGGACCCGGGGGACGGGACAGCGGCGGCGGCGACAACUACAGGAGCUAAUUGCCACCCGGUCCGGCUAGGGGAUGUCGAAGCACACGGUGUCGUCGGCCCGGUUCCGAAAGGUGGAUGUGGAUGAGUAUGACGAGAACAAGUUCGUGGACGAGGAGGACGGGGGCGAGGGCCAGGCCGGCCCCGACGAGGGCGAGGUGGACUCCUGCCUGCGACAAGGGAACAUGACAGCUGCAUUACAGGCAGCUCUGAAAAACCCUCCAAUCAACACCAAGAGUCAGGCGGUUAAGGACCGAGCAGGCAGCAUCGUCCUGAAGGUGCUUAUCUCUUUUAAAGCUAAUGAUAUUGAAAAAGCAGUGCAGUCUCUGGACAAGAACGGUGUGGAUCUUCUAAUGAAGUACAUUUAUAAGGGCUUUGAAAGCCCCUCAGAUAACAGCAGCGCCGUGCUACUGCAGUGGCAUGAAAAGGCACUUGCUGCUGGAGGGGUAGGGUCCAUCGUUCGAGUCUUGACUGCCAGGAAAACAGUUUAGUCCAGCAAAAAGUGGGCACCUGCCACGGCUAUGGGAGUUGCUGGUACAAAGACCAAAACAGCCAAAUGCCGCUGCUGCCCUGUGGGGAGCGUCUACGUCUCUCAGCUUUGCCUUCUUGCUUCUUUUUUCAUAUCUGUGAAGGAAAAAAAUGCAUAUCGGUUUUUUCUUUAGUUAAAAAUUGGGGCAAUGUAGAGGUGCAAUUUUGUUUUAACAGGCAUAUUUGAUUCAAAACUGUUUCAGAGACACACACACACACACACGCACGCGCACACACACACACACACACACACACACCCCCUCCCUUACACCUGUUGGCUAGGUCUUUCAAACUGAUACAUUGGUAUUUGAUCAAAACCUGAGGGCAGUGUCUUGAUACAUUGCCAAUCAGGCAGUAUACCUUAAAAGAGAUGUUUGAAAGACUGGCAGCUAUUAACAUUGCAAAACUGGACCAACUUCUGGUCAAGAAGAAUGUAUUACUGAAACAGAUUUUUUUUUUAAAAGAAAAUACACACACCUUGCAGCUUUGGUUCUCUUUGCAUCCAGAUUAUAUAUGUUGUGAGUUGUGUGUUCUUUCUCUCAGCAUCUGCUAUUUAUAUCUUCUCAGUUUCUUUGACUAUUCAGGAUCCAGAACAAGGGGUCAUAGUAUAUUCAGAAAUAUCUGCACAAUAUUACUGCCUGACUAGCAUAAGCAUAAAGCUUUUGCCUCCAUGGAAUGGCCCUGUUUAAGGGAACUGUGAUCCUAAUGGGAAAGGAAAAUGGGAAUUGUAAUAUGAUUCAUGUCCUGGGCAGCACCUGAAUAAAAUGCUAUUUUUACAAAAAGCAAAGUAGCUGCCUUUGACAGUAUGAAAUGUACAACUGGUAUGUGCCCUAUAGUUGUCUCUCUGAUCAGUGUUCUUCAGGUAGUUGGUAUCUCAAAAGAUUUGGUUCCGAUCCAAACACAUACACAUUCCGUGUAUUAUUACAGUGUUUUGUUUUUAAGAGAAACAGCCACACAACAAAAAGUGUUUACUUUGUUGGAUAAACCAAAUCAAUUCUCUCAAAAAUGACAGGUGCUUUUAAAAAGCUAUUCUUCAGGAACUCUAGAGCAAAUCACCUGGGACCACCUGAAUGCAUAUGACCAGGAGGGAAACAGCCUGUGUCUAAUACUUACGUCCGACACCAGUUCACAUAUCGGUUACUUCUGUGAAAACUGGUGCAGAAUUUCAGAAAACUCUUUGCUGUUUUUGAUACCUGCUUUUUUUUUUUGUAAAAAUGAUGAAGUUCUGAAAAUAAAUUGUCAUUGUUGAAUAUUUUA